AGCGAGCGGCGGCGGCGGCGGCGGCGGCACCAUGGGCCGGGCCCGGCGCUUCCAGUGGCCGCUGCUGCUGCUGUGGGCGGCCGCGGCGGGGCCAGGGGCAGGACAGGAAGUACAGACGGAGAAUGUGACAGUGGCUGAGGGUGGGGUGGCCGAGAUAACCUGCCGACUGCACCAGUAUGAUGGAUCCAUAGUUGUCAUUCAGAACCCCGCCCGGCAGACCCUCUUCUUCAAUGGUACCCGUGCCCUGAAGGAUGAGCGUUUCCAGCUUGAGGAGUUCUCCCCUCGCCGGGUACGGAUCCGGCUCUCAGAUGCUCGCCUGGAGGACGAGGGGGGCUACUUCUGCCAGCUCUACACAGAGGACACCCACCACCAGAUUGCCACGCUCACUGUACUGGUGGCCCCGGAGAAUCCUAUAGUGGAGGUCCGGGAACAGGCGGUGGAGGGCGGCGAGGUGGAGCUCAGCUGUCUUGUUCCACGGUCCCGCCCUGCUGCCAUCCUGCGCUGGUACCGGGACCGAAAGGAACUGAAAGGAGUGACCAGCGGCCAGGAAAAUGGCAAGGUCUGGAGCGUGGCAAGCACAGUGCGGUUUCGUGUAGACCGCAAGGACGAUGGCGGUAUCGUCACCUGCGAGGCGCAGAACCAGGCGCUACCCUCCGGACACAGCAAGCAGACGCAGUACGUGCUGGACGUGCAGUACUCCCCCACGGCCCGGAUCCAUGCCUCCCAAGCUGUGGUGAGGGAGGGAGACACACUGGUGCUGACGUGUGCUGUGACGGGGAACCCCAGGCCAAACCAGAUCCGCUGGAACCGCGGUAAUGAGUCUUUGCCAGAGCGGGCGGAGGCAGUCGGGGAGACGCUUACGCUGCCCGGCCUGGUAUCCGCGGAUAAUGGCACCUACACCUGCGAGGCGUCGAACAAGCACGGCCACGCGAGGGCGCUCUAUGUGCUCGUGGUCUACGACCCUGGUGCGGUGGUAGAGGCUCAGACGUCGGUGCCCUACGCCAUUGUGGGCGGCAUCCUGGCGCUACUGGUGUUUCUGAUCAUCUGUGUGCUGGUGGGCAUGGUCUGGUGCUCGGUACGGCAGAAGGGCUCCUAUCUGACCCAUGAGGCCAGUGGCUUGGAUGAGCAGGGAGAAGCGAGAGAAGCCUUUCUCAAUGGCAGCGAUGGACACAAGAGGAAAGAAGAAUUCUUCAUCUGACCCCACCUCCAUCCCAGGCCUGGGCCUGGGCUGGGGUCCACCCCACUGCCAGCUGCAAAGACAUUUACCAGAGUCUGGGAUGGUGGGCUUCUCCCCCCACCACUAACACCUCAGACGCUUGGACAGGGAUAGGGGUGUUGGCUGCCUGGGUCUCUACAAGGGCCAGAAGCAAGGGCCCAGAGAUCUGGGUCCCCCAAUGGGGGGGGAAAGGGCCAAAGGCCCAGACCCCUAAGUCCAGGGAGGGCGGUAGGAAUUGGGUUGGGGUAAGAUAACUGGGGGAAGGCCAAGGCCCCUAGGCUGCA